AUGCUGGUUUAUACCAUACUUCUGUGUGCUGUCUGCAUAGUUUCUUGCCAGGAUUUGAAGUCUCUUAUACGCCCAACAGGGAGGACAGCAAAGUUCACAUGUGGAGUUGAUGGGGUUUAUAUAAUAAAUCAAGGUCUCCACUGGUAUCUUCAGGACAGCAGCAAUAAUAUAAAAUGGUUACUGUUUUAUAAGCCUGGGAAGACUGAAGCAUUGGAUGACUAUAAGAAACGAAUAUCCUUGGAAAUAUACUCAGACAGUUCUUGCAUCUUGAGCAUCACAAAUAUUAAGCCUACAGAUGAAGGCACGUAUUUCUGUGCAGCAUGGCACAGCCACACUUUGCUGCAACUACAUAAGGGAUUUAUACAGUAUCCUCUUAGCAAGCCUCUAAUUUGCCUUCAUGCUCCCUGUUGGUACAUAAGCAUUGCAGCACAACUAACUGGCUUCAACUUUCUGUUGUCCAAUGAAAGCACAGACCAGAUAACCUCACCAGAUCAACCUUUGAAGGAACCAGAAAUAACCAUCCUUAAAUCUAGCACUGAAGAUGUGAUUAGAGAAGGGUUUGCAAUUUAUAUGUGCAACCUGCAGAAUUUCUUCCCUGAUGUGAUCAGAGUGGUCUGGUAUGAAGGUAAUAAUGAGAAAGAGGUGCAGUCAGAGCAAGGUGAAAUUGAACACAGUAACAGUACAAACACCUAUUCACUGAGCAGCUGGAUAAAAGUACCCAAAUCUGACCUGAGAAAGAUGUUUACCUGCAAGUACAAACAUGACACAACCAAAGAAGGCUGGAAAAUGGAAUCUGUAUCAGGAAAUGAGUACAAUCUAGGUUUGCCAAGUUUUAAUCGUAUGAUCUAUCGAGCAGCACAACUUACCUAUGCUAUGCUAAUCUUAAAGAGCCUAAUGUAUUCGCCAAUUCUGAUUUUCAUAAAGUACAAAACCAACCCAUGA